AUGUCGGAAACUCUAUACAAUGAUUACAAAAAUAAUUGUUAUGAAUACAUGAAAACGGUUUUAUACACGGAGAAGAUAAUUAAGGAUAAUAACUCUGAUCAGAAUAAGUUAUUAAACAUUUAUGAGAAGGCGAUAAAGAGUGCUGAGAGUAUGUUUAAGAAAAUGCAACUGGAGGUCGAAGCAAAUUAUAUGGUUGAUGAUAAAGAAAACGAAUUAAAUAAUAUAUAUAAUGAAAUAUGUGAAUAUAAAGUAAAAUUAAAAAAAUUUAAAGACGAAAUAUUAGAAAACGAUAAAAGAAAAUAUGAAAGAAGUAGUAAUAAUUAUAAUAAUAAUGUGAAUUAUGAUGACCGUAUAUUAUUAUUAAGUGAUGUCGAUUUAUUAGAAAAAGGAGAUGUAUAUAUUAAUCAUUCAAAAAUAUUAAUGGAUAAUACAGAAUAUAUUAGUAAUGAUGUUAUGAAUAAUUUAAAUAAACAAAGAGAAUGUAUAAAAAAAAAUGUAUCGAAUAUUUCAUUUUUAUCAAAUAAAUUAGAUCAUGCUAAAAUUAUUAUAAAAAACUUAAAUAAAAAACAAUUAUUUAAUAAAUAUAGAUUAUAUAUCAUUUUUAUAUUUAUCAUUCUAACCUUCUUAUUAAUACUUUCUAUAAAAUAUAAUAGGUAUGUUAAAAAAUAUCCAUAUAUAAAAACCAAUGAUGAUAAUGAUCAUAAUAAUCAAAAUAAUAAUAUAGAUCUCAUAUUAGAAAAUCAAAAAAGCAUACAAGUACAAAACCAACAAAAUACAAACUAUACACUCGACAAAUUUAAUAAUACACAAGAAGCAAAAAGUGUUUUCUAUGAUUUCGAACAAAAAAAAAAAGAUAAAGACAUAAACAAUAACGAGAACCAAAAUAAAUAUGUAAAUAUAAAUGAUUAUCAAAAUUACAUAUAUAAAAUAAAUACGAAGCAUAAAUAUACAGAUGAAAAUAUAAACUCAAAUAUCGAUGAGUAUAAUACAUUGAUUGAUUUUAAUGAAAUAGAUAACAACAAUAAUAAAAAUCAACUAACGAAACUUGAUACCUAUUAUCAACAUACACACGAAUUAAAUAAAAAUGAAAAGGUACCAGAAGAAAAACAAAAAGACAAUGAUCAUAUUAUCGAAAAUGUCAUACAAAAUACAGAUGAAAAUAUAACAUCUUCUUCUAUGUCUUCCAAUAUAAAUGAAUAUCCAACAAAAAGUAAUAAUAACACCUCCUCAUGA